AUGGCCUCUACCCAGAAAGCUCGACGUCUCAUUCUAACCACCGCGGUGGUCUCAAUCACCAUCGCCGGAACACUCUACGGCGCCGGUAUCAAGACCGACCGAGAGGUCACCCAGACAGUCCAGAAAAAAGAGGAAGCUACAAUAGACGAACGAAUUACGUCUCUUCGGGACAUGCGGCAAAAUCUAGCGGCGAAGAAAGGGCUUGUUGAACAGCAGAUCCGCGAUCUUGAUGCUCGAAUUGAGGAAAGGAAACAGAAAGGCCUUGACGGAUCAAAGAGGGAGCCUCCUCAUAAUGGCUAA